GUUUUCAGGAAGUAAACAGGUCACCUUCAUGGCAAUCCGACAUGCCAUUUGAACUGCUCAGCCAAAUCGUUCGUUAUCUACUCAAGGACUCGGCCGCGGUGAAAGCCUUCUCGCAGACCUGCCACUCCUGGAAUGCCGCUGGCAAGCCUGCUCUAUUUCACGCAGUCACGCUGGACAGCGUGGAGCGUCUAGAGGAGCUCUGCUCCCUCACCGACAACAACCCAGCUAUUGCCACAUGGAUCCACGAAAUCCAUCUCAAUUGUGAUGCAUUGUACGGGGAAGCCGAGGACGCCAGCCCAGCGCUCAUUUUUGCAUUCGUGGACAUACUCCAGGGAAAGCUGGAGAAUCUGCAGACCCUCGCGCUAAACAACUUGUCCAGCUUCAGGGGCUAUGCAUCACGCGAUUUCUUCAACAAGCUCUCCCAAUUCAGCACAGUAACCUCUCUGACCUUCCGGCGGUGCACUCUCCCUGUGGAUGUGUGGAACCCGUUAAUCUCAUCCUUCCCUCAUCUCUCAGACCUGCAUGUCCACAGCCUCUCGUUCAAUCACUCCAGCGAAGGCAUUUGGGUGGAAUUGCAGAACUUCCCUCGGUGCUCGCGUAUCCCGCCAAUUACCAGCUUCCGGUGCCAUAGCGUGAAUAGAGACAUGCAUAUGCGGCUGUUUGGCCGGUGGUUUCAAGAGAGUAUGCAUUCGCCUACCUUGCGCACCGUUAGCAUUUAUAUCUUCCAUCACUGGGAGCUCGAGGAGCUGGGACAGUUCCUGCGCUGGCUCGGUGAUAGCCUCGAGAACCUGGAGAUCCUCUUUCUAACAAUGAAGGGACAGGCACUAUCGUAUUCAGCAAUCAAACGGUGCAUGAAGCUCUCUACUUGCACCCAGAUCCGCACCCUCCGUUUGCACGACCCCGGCCACCGCUCCGUACACUUCUUUCUUUUGUGUGUCCCCGCUGCAAAUCUCCGUCGAAUGGAUUUUACGCUGACGUUCUACCGCCCGGAACUGUUGAAAAGCACUGUCGACUGUGCGCAGCUCGACGCGAUGCUGACCGGGAAGACGUACAGGGGGUUGGAGACGGUGUGCUUCACGUAUGUGGGCCCACUCAGCAGGGAUAUGGUGGAGAGAGAAGUUCGGAGCCGGUUCCCCAAGUUGAGUAAAAGGGUUGUCAUUCAGGUAGAGAUGCAGAAACGAGAGCCUCUGCGUUCGACUGAGGUGCGUCGGAGAUUUGUCAAUUGAUGCGAUGGACGGGCUGAUGGUGUUAUGGCAGCUCUGGAUGGUGAUGUGCCCGAUCGUGCAGCGCAUGAGUCCUUGAUGAGAGAUAGUCUUUGAGUAGUCUGCACAGACUGGUUUAGCAUGCGGCGUUGGCCGCUACAUUGUACAUACUCAAUCAAUGGUGCUCUGCACAAAGGCACAGACAAGCCAGACGGAGACCUCUCUGACAUCUGCAUCGCCAUCCGGCUGUCCCAGAUCUAUAUCGAACUGUUCCUCCAUGAUCUCUUCUUCCAGUUCUCCCUCCAUCUCGUCUUCGCUGUCCCCAACAACAUCUCGGCCGAAGUCCAAGUCAGCAUCCAUAUUGCCAACAAGUUUGGA